AUGAUCGCAUUCCCCAAUAGCACUCGCGUGGGGCGGUUGGAGGGCAUGUGGCUGGAGGCGAAGGGGUGGUGGGAUCAGGCGGACAAGGUGUACAGUGACCUGCUGGAGAGCAACCCGCAGGACCAGCGGUGUGGGGUGCAGCGGUGCGUGAGUGCAGCGGUGUGGGGUGCAGCGGUGUGGGGUGCAGCAGUGUGGGGUGCAGCGGUGUGGGGUGCAGCGGUGUGGGGUGCAGCGGUGCAGGAGUGCAGCGGUGCAGGGUGCUGCAGUGGUGUGGGAGUGCAGUGCUACAUGGUGGACUAUGAGGCGUGGAAGGUGCUAGGGGACCUAUACCGUGCGUGCUCACUCCUGCAACUCAAAUAA